GUAACUGCCAGAGCGACAUUCCUCUCAUUACAUUAUCAUGACUGGUAGAGGGAGACCACACAAGGCAAAGGGCCCAGACACAAAGUGUGUCAAGGUUAAAACUAGAGGGCUCGAGGAAUUGAAACCAGUAUUUCUGCCCAAAAGUCCAGAGAAUGGCUUUGCAGAAGAGAAGCAGAAACGCACCAUAAAGGAACAGAAACCAAAGGCGCAGAGAAAGGCAGUCCACUUUGAGGAGAAACCAUGUGUACAGAGCAGCUGUGAAGACAAGACCACAAAACCAUUCACAGAGAAGACCAACAAGCAGCAAAGUACACCUACAGAAGUAACAAAUGCUCCUGUACAAGGCACAAAAGCCUGUGCUUACAGGGCUGAAACAACAGAUGUAUCUGCAGAAAAGGUAACGAAGACGCCAAAGGACACUACAAAGGACUCUCUGAAGCCCAUAAAAGUACAAAAAUGUGGUGGGAAAGCCAAAUCACCAGAAGCAAAUUCAGAGGGGCUGAUGAAGGUGGUGCAGCCAGAGGCACCAAAGGACACCAUGGAGACUUCUAUAAAGACAACCAAAGCAAAAAAAUGCGCUGGCAAAGCCAAAUCACCAGGAAAAAUCAAAGAGACAACCACGAAGAUGCAGCCAGAGACACCAAAGCCCACCACAAAGGCUUGUGUACCACAAGAAAAGUGUGAAGACAAAGUAAACUCUAUCCUCAACAAAACUCUUGAAAAUCUGAAAAUUAAAAGGGACGAUAGAUCAGAUGCAGCAGAAGUCAUAAAUACAAUAGUGAAAACUAUAAGUAUGCAUUUGAAACAGAACACCCAAUGCUUUAAAGAAGUAGAAGAACUGCGUACUGGAAGUUACUAUGAAAAUCUAAAGAUUUCUAAUCCUGAUGAAUUCGACAUCAUGCUGGCCAUCCCUGUUGACCGAGUGAAUGUUAAUCCAUUCGGAGAUGAUGGCGCCUAUUACAGUGUGGAAUUAAAACGUGGCAAGAGCCCUUUGCAGAAAUUUCAAAAGACCAACACUUUAUCCGCCAGUGAAAUGCUCAAGGAGUUCAGGGAAGAAGUGAAGAAAUGUGUCAAGCAAUUCCCAGAAUGGGAGGUGACAAGGAAGAAAAAAGGUUGCCCUGCAGUGACGCUAAUUACAACAGUACAGUCAACCACCAUUUCACUGGAUGUUGUUCUCAGUAUCAUGGUUAAAUCAAGCUGGCCACCUUUCACCAAGGAAGGCAUUCAAAUAGAUGGCUGGCUGGGAACUAAAGUAAAGAAGGAAUACAAGCAAAAGCCAUAUUAUCUAGUACCAAAAUACGAGGGCAAUGGUAAUGUGGAAAAUGACGGGGUCUUCGCCAAGGAUACUUGGCGUGUUUCAUUCUCUCACAUUGAGAAGGCCAUCCUGAAGAAUCACGGAUCAGAAAAGACAUGCUGUGAGAAAGCCGGAGCACAAUGCUGCAGGAGGGAGUGUUUGAAGCUCCUAAAGCACCUCCUCAAUCUGCUGAAGGAAACGGACUCCUCAUUUGACAAGUUCUGCUCUUACCACGCCAAGACCACACUCUUACAUGCUUGCAGCUCUAGAACUAAAGACAGUGACUGGAGACGCCCAGACCUGAGCUGCUGCUUUCAGUUGUUCCUGGAUGACUUUAUAGCCCAUCUUGAAGCUGGUGUACUCAACAACUUCUUUAUCCCAACUCAGAACCUGCUCUCCGGUCUCAACCAGAUGAAGUGCACAAGUCUGGCUCGUCGUAUCAGGGAGGAAAGGGAAAAUGGAUUUCCUAUUUUUAAGUGACAACUUCACACUGUGUUGUGUGCCUACGUGGACAACUUGGUGGCUGGUAAGCAUUGGUUUACAAGAACCGUUGGGGACGCUACUUUGGUUUAGCACUGUGUUAACUCCAGUUUUUUUUGUAGCUGGAAUUUUGUAAAGGCAGAACAUCUUCAACUAUGUUUUGUCAAGAUGCAGAUCAUCAGCAGCAGAACAUUUUGAUGUGUACUUUGGGUCAAGGGUUAAAUUCUAAUUUUCUGCUGACCAUACUCCUCACUGGUCGGUUACAUGCUUUCCUGGGGCUCCGCAAUCACUUUGAGGAGCGUACUGUUUUGUAAAUUGUGUCCUAUUGAUUUUCAUUAAAUGUCAUGUAACUAUAUACUUUAGCUCCAGAAUGUAGUAGUUUCACAACGUUAAAUUUGUCCUCUGAAUCCAAGUUUGCUGGGUGCAAGAUUGGAUCUAGUGUAGGUCACUGUUCUAAAGUCUUUACACUGGCUUCCUGUCUCAAAGAAUUGAUUUCAAAGUACUUUUGCUAGUUUAUAAAUCACUUAACGGUUUAGGUCCAAAAUAUAUUUCUGAUCUGUUACUACACUAUGAACCACCCAGACCUCUCAGGUCAUCUGGGACAGGUCUACUUUCUGUCCCCAGAGUCAGAACUAAACAGGGUGAAG